AUCGAUGUUUUUUUACAUCACUAAUAGCAUGCUUUAACAAUAUACAAAACAAAUGUGUUCUAUAUCUGCAUGUGUAACAAACGUGGAGUAAUUUUUUUAUUAAGUCAAUUUUGAAAUUUAUAAUUCGAACGGUAUAAGUGAACUGCGUAGUCGUAUACUAUCGUUAGCUGCAUCGGAAAAUUUAAAAAUGGAUUCAAAAUACUUGCUGACCAAAAACUCUGAGAUCGGGUUUAAUUCGACGAAUUUUGCAGCUAAGCGGAAAGCUGAAACAGUCAAUUUGGAUAUGCACGUUAAAAAUAAAUUUAAUUACACUCUUUCAACGUCUCGAAAUAUACCACCAGCUAGUAAAAGAAAUUGCAUUGGACAACAAAGUAAAUCGCUACCAGUGUUCAACUGCCGGCAAAGAAUAUUAAAGGAGAUUGAAAUGAACGACACUGUGUUAAUAAUGAGUGAAACAGGAUCAGGAAAAACAACACAAAUUCCACAGUUUCUUCUACAUGCAGGGUAUGCCAAGAGUUCCAUGAUCUGUAUUACUCAGCCUCGUCGAGUAGCCGCAAUAACAGUUGCAAGACGCGUUGCGCAGGAGCUGUCCAGCAGUAUUGGCGAAAUUGUAGGAUAUACAGUUCGAUUCGAGGAUGUUACCACAAAGAAUACAAAAAUUCGUUAUCUGACAGAUGGUGUAUUGUUACGAGAGUCUAUAGAAGACCGGCUUUUGCUUAAAUAUUCUGUGAUUAUUCUCGAUGAAGCUCAUGAAAGAACUGUAAAUGCCGACUUACUAUUUGGAAUAGUAAAAGAAGCUCAAAAAGAAAGAAGUAGAAAAAAUAUACCCAAUUUAAAAGUGGUGAUUACUUCUGCGACGAUGGAUAUUGAUCAUUUCGGAAAAUAUUUCAAGUGUAAGGGAUUGUAUUUGGAAGGAAGAACGCAUCCCGUCCGUGUGAUGCAUGCCAAGGAGCCACAUGAUGACUAUGUCCACGCGAUACUGGUUACGCUGUUUCAUAUUCAUCGCACUGAACCAAUCAACCAUGACGUUUUAAUCUUCUUAACUGGGCAAGACGAAAUUGAAUCAUUAGCUCAGCAAAUUCGAAAGCUUGCAAAGAUAAAUACAAAUGGACCCACUAAUAUUCGUGUUUAUACACUGUACGCGCAAUUAUCACACAGCAUGCAGCUGGAAUGCUUUUUACCGGGUCCAUCAAACAUGCGGAAAGUUGUUUUGGCCACAAAUAUAGCUGAAACGUCGAUUACCAUACCUGGCAUACGCUGCGUCAUCGAUUGUGGAUUUGUAAAAGAAAAAUUUUUUAAUUCCGUUGACGGAAUUGAUAUUUUAAAGGCAGUUCGAAUAUCACGGGCACAAGCAUGGCAACGGACUGGUCGGGCAGGUCGUGAUGCACCUGGAGUGUGCUACCGGACAUAUACAAAAAGUGAAAUGGAUUCUUUUCUGAGCUCGACUCAGCCGGAAAUUCUUAGAGCAAACCCAACAUCAACAGUGCUGCAGCUUUUGGCUAUGGACAUAGAUUGCAAUAAUUUUGAUUUCUUAGACGCUCCACUAGAUGAAGCCCUGAUAAGUGCAUAUAGAAGUUUGGAUGGUCUUGGGGCUAUUGAGUAUGGACCUAUAUCACACAUUACGCCUCUAGGUCGUUUAAUGUCCCAGUAUCCAUUAGAUCCCAAGUAUUCCAAAUUAUUAACAUCAGCUUCAAAGUUCGGCUGUAUGGAGGAAAUAUUACGUCUGGUUUCGGUCCUUUCGAGUGAUAAUAUCUUUGUUUCAAGCAACGAUAAAAACGAAUUGGCCACACUUGCACAUGCCAAAUUUCACUCCAAGCAUGGAGAUCAUUUAACGCUGCUAAAUGUUUAUAAUUUAUUUAUAAAGGCAGAAAAGCCGAAGGUGUGGUGUCACGAUAAUUUUUUAAAUUAUCGCUGCCUAAUAUACGCCCGUAACGUUUGUCGCCAAUUGUCAGAAAUAAGCCUGCGAUUGGGCCUGACUAUAAACAGCUCCGAAAACAUUGAAUCGUUUAAAAAAUGUCUUUUGAGCGGAUUUUUCGAGAAUGUUGCUAUAUUGCAAAAGGAUGGUUCUUAUUUGACUUGUUCCGGAAAUCUUAAGGCUAAAAUGCAUCCUUCAAGUGUCUUUCACCUAAAGUACAAACCAAAAUGUAUAUUGUUUACUCAAAUGGUUCAGACGGAUAGUAACUUUCUUCGGCAGGUCACAGAUGUAUUUAUAGACUGGGCUAAAGAAGUGGUACCUUGUCUUAAAAAUGGUAUAAAAUAAAUGACAAAAUUUAUACAUUUUUUCCUAGUCGAGAACAUAUUCUGUUAAUGGUCAAUUAUUCUGAAGUAAUUAUUAUUUUUUUGUUGUUGUUCAAUAUGAUAAUAAAAAGAAAGGACUGAAGGAAGGAAGAUAAAACCGUUCGGUAAA